AACCGCGCUACUUUGGACCCUUACUGCUGUGUUGGCGGAGACACGUAACGCGUCUGCACUCAACGGAGCUCAAAACGUUUUGGUGUUUUCCCACCGAAAAAAAUCUUAUACAUUUUCUCAAAAACCCUUCUCCUCGAAGACUAAGACAAAAUGCGCGAGUGCAUCUCCAUCCACGUGGGCCAGGCAGGAGUGCAGAUUGGCAAUGCAUGCUGGGAGUUGUAUUGCCUGGAGCAUGGCAUCCAGCCUGAUGGCAAUAUGCCGAGUGAUAAGGUCGUUGGUAGUGUAGAUGAUUCCUUCAACACUUUCUUCAGUGAGACUGGAUCUGGGAAGCAUGUGCCGCGAGCUGUUUUUGUAGAUCUAGAGCCUGCCGUCAUUGAUGAGGUGAGGAGUGGAACCUACAGACAACUGUUCCAUCCAGAGCAACUCAUCUCUGGAAAGGAAGAUGCUGCUAAUAACUAUGCCAGAGGCCACUACACAGUUGGCAAGGAGAUUAUUGAUAUGGUCCUGGAGCGUGUCCGCAAACUUACUGAUCAGUGUACAGGUCUCCAGGGUUUCUUGAUUUUCCACAGUUUUGGUGGUGGUACUGGCUCUGGUUUUACAUCUCUGCUGAUGGAGCGUCUUUCUGUUGACUAUGGAAAGAAGUCCAAGCUGGAGUUUGCCAUUUAUCCAGCUCCUCAGGUGUCUACUGCUGUGGUAGAGCCCUAUAACUCUAUCCUAACUACCCACACCACUCUGGAACACUCUGACUGUGCCUUCAUGGUUGACAAUGAGGCCAUCUAUGACAUCUGCCGCCGAAAUCUCGACAUUGAGCGUCCCACCUACACCAAUCUCAACCGCCUCAUCGGUCAGAUCGUGUCCUCCAUCACCGCUUCACUGCGCUUUGAUGGUGCUCUGAACGUCGAUCUGACCGAGUUCCAGACCAACUUGGUGCCAUAUCCCAGAAUUCACUUCCCCCUUGUCACUUACUCUCCCAUCAUCUCUGCUGAGAAGGCUUACCAUGAGCAGCUGUCUGUGUCCGAGAUCACUAGCGCCUGUUUUGAGCCGUCUAAUCAGAUGGUGAAGUGUGACCCCCGACAUGGGAAGUACAUGGCCUGCUGUAUGCUUUACCGUGGUGACGUCGUACCCAAAGAUGUGAAUGCUGCGAUUGCCAAUAUUAAGACCAAACGCUCAAUCCAGUUUGUAGACUGGUGCCCUACUGGGUUCAAGGUUGGCAUCAAUUACCAGCCACCUACAGUGGUGCCUGGUGGAGACCUGGCUAAGGUGCAGAGAGCUGUGUGCAUGCUGAGCAACACCACAGCUAUUGCUGAGGCUUGGGCCCGUCUGGACCACAAGUUUGAUCUGAUGUAUGCCAAGCGGGCCUUCGUGCACUGGUAUGUUGGAGAGGGUAUGGAGGAGGGAGAGUUCUCAGAGGCCAGAGAGGAUCUUGCUGCACUGGAGAAGGAUUAUGAGGAAGUGGGCACAGAGUCUGUGGAGGACGAAGAGGAGGGAGAGGAGUAUUAAACCCUGCUGAGGGCAGGUGAAAGAUGCUAUAAGCUGCUGAUGUGUGACUAGUUUUGAGCAUUUGCCAAUAAUCAAGAUGGGGAUAUAGCUUAAAGCACUUAUUAGCAAUUUUUGCCUCUCCAUUGUCAAGCUGCCUUAUUAAUGCCCAAAGAAUGGGAACCAUACUCUGAUGUUUGUGAUGUGUUUUGUAGUCAUGUUUCAUUCUUUUCUGUACCUCUAUUCUGUCUGAUUUCAAAGAAAUUAGUUCCCAAAGGCAUUUUCGUCUGAAACAUUUGUUUUGUAAGCUGUCUUUGUCACACAAUCUAUGUGUUGUAACUAAUGCAGUUUCUCAAUAAAUUUGUCAAAUGUCUCAACUUAUUUUG